UUGCCUUUAAUACGUAUAAACUAAAAGCAGAAUUACAAAGUAAAGCAAACUUUACCUGUCUCGUAAGGAGUACUGGGUCUUAUAAAGCAAUAAAGAUCUUGAAAAUAAUCAACAGCACAUCAAUGAUGGAAAUGGCUUCAUAUACAUCAUCAUCUGAUUCAGUACAAAAUAUAGCCGGGGUUGAUGCAAAUUUCAGCAGCAAUGCUCUAACCUUGAUAUUUGCCUCAGUAAUGUGCUCUGACGAAGGGCAAUAUAAUUGCACUGUGAUCAUGGAUGAUGAUGCGGAACUUCAGCCCCCACUUUCCCUUGAUGUUCAAGUAACAACAUCACCAGGCUUCUCAACGGUCGAAUUGUUUGUGAACCCAGACAUUGUUGAAAAUAAGGAUUCUGGAACUCAUCAUUGCCUUGGUCCUGUUGGGUACCCGGAAGUUGGAGGUCAUUUAGAGAUUACCUUUGUCCAUCCUUUAAUAAACUAUAAUAUAACGCUUAAUAAAAAUAGCACAAGGACUAUUUCCGGUAAUGAAAUAGAAAUUAAAAGCACUUUGGAACCUUUUACUAAAGAAGAUUGCAAAAAUAUGGAGAAGAUUUCUUUCACAAUAAAUUCUUCAAAGAACUGGAACAAAGGAAAAAUAAUCUGUGAAGUUAAAAAUGGAGAACAUAAGGCAACCAAAGACGAUAUUUUCUUUGUUAUUGAUGGAUCAUUCUGCAAUUCUACGAACAACCAAGAAAUUUAUUUUGACCAUGAAAAAGAGGACUUUUGUAACACCUAUAUACAAUGCAGUGGAGGGAAACCUUUUGGAAGAUCUUGUAAGCCAAACCGGUGUGUGUACAUUGGUAAAACGUAUUGUGAAGACUGUUCCACUGCUGUAUGUUCAGAAGGAGUUACAACUACAGAAGUCACAUUAUCAAGCUUUGAAACAACACCAGUACCUGGUCCUCGUUCUCUUAAUUGUACAUCACCGUCUGUAUAUGAAGGAGAAAGAGCAACAAUUCCAUGUUCACUGAACGUUUCCUCCUUUGAUUUCAUAUCUAUAUCUAAUGACAAAGGAAUGAUAAUGUCAAUAUUUGAAAAUACAACAGUUAUUUAUUUCGGCGAUUCUUCUUCUACAUUUCAAGGUUCUUUAACUGGAAAAACUGUGAUUUUUAUUGUUAAAAACCUGAACUGUAAUAACUCUUUAGAUUAUGUAUUUAAACUUUACAACGGAGGAGAAGUUUCAAGUUCUGUUACAGCAAAUCCUCUGAUGAAAGUUAAACCAAUAACACCCGUCCUAAACAUUGACUACAGGUUAGAGAUGGGUAAAAACCAGAAUUUUCACACUUGCAAAGGUUAUGUUGGAAAUCCUAAAGGAUCCCUUGAGUUGGAGAUAAGGAAUGGUUCACUAGCAACAUACAACAAAUACAUUCCCACCACUCAAUCUUUCGACACGCCGGUUUAUGAAAACUGCAAUCAUUAUUUGACUCUAACGUUUUCCAUAGACCUAACAAAAGACAAUUUGACUGGUCAGCAUAUAAGAUGUCUGGCUAAAAAUAUCGAGAGUUUGGAAAACACAGAUCCUAUUCCAACGUCAAAUGAAGUUCUAAUUAUUCCUCUUCCAGCAAAUCCUUGUAGCAAAGGUAAUGGUGAUUAUCCACAUCCAAGAGACUGUUAUCAUUAUCUCCAAUGUUCAAAUAAUAUUGCAUAUACUCAGAUCUGCCCUGGUGGGGGCUGUUUUAAUGACACAGCUAAAGCUUGUUUAUAAAAUGUA